CUCUGACUUCCAUCCCCGCGCACAAUGAACGCCCGAGAUCGCGUCGAAGAUACCUACGAGCGCCAGAACGAUGAGCGACUCGACAGCUUGCACUCCAAGAUCCGGACUCUUCGUGGAAUCACGACUGACAUUCAUGGCGACGUCGAGAGGCAGAACUUGAUGCUGGAUGAUACUAACGACCGCUUCUCUUCAUUUGCCGACUCCCUAGCAGCCUCAUCGCGCAGGGCCGGCCAGGCGUUCGGUAUCGGCGGCCAGGGCGCAAUACGGCCAUGGCGAAUAGCAAUGCUUGUGGUAGUCGUAUUCAUAGCGUUAUGGUUGUCCUUCAAGAUCGGCUACUGGUUGUGGGGCGGCCCUGCAGCGGGGGAGGUUUGAGGAAUGGUCAUAUCUGGGUUGGCUUCAUGGACUUUCGGCUUGUAUACAGACUAUGCAAUGGAUC